AUGGAAGCAUCCGUGGAAAAUCCCAGAGCACUAGUGGUCUCUGUUAUAUCCUCUGUACGGAUGCUUGUUUCCACCAGUGAAGUUCCUUUCUUGGUGACCGAUGUUGUUGGAGUAGUUCCUCUGUCUUCUACUGGGAUUAUUGUUACUUCGGUACUCACAGAGCCGUCCUUCGGUUCUCCGGAGGUUGAAGAAGAACUAAUACUGCUUGUCUGA